AUGACUGUGCGAAACGGUGGUUUCCUUGGAGACUAUUAUCAUAACAGCUUCGAGGCGCCAGGUGGAUAUGAUGAAGGGUCUGAUAGCCCCAGUGCCUCAGAGGGUUCAAAUUGUUCCAAAAGAAAGUUCGGGGGCUUAAAUUAUACUGACCAGGAAGCAUUUGGUGUCUCCAAAAUGGUAUUACCCUUAUCUGGCUUGUCAUCUUCAGAGAGGAAGGAGUUGAUCCGUAGGCUAAGACAAGAGCUGGAACAGAUUCGUUUCUUCCAGAAAAGUUUCGAGCUUUCAAGAUCACUGGCAGUCUCUGGCUCAUCUGCAAAGAGUUUUGGAAAGUCACGAUGCUCCACGGGGCCAGGAAAGUCUGUGAACCCUAUAACUGCUCCUAA